AUGCCUGGAAUCGCUGGGGCACAGUUGCCUGAACCCAAAGCCAGCUGGCGCAACCCACCGCCGCAAUGUUUGGCGUCACCAACACCGGUCUGUUUGCGCAGCGCUCCGGUUGUUGAAAGCGGACCUCUGACCAAUGUGACCAGAAACUGGAGGAACCGAGUUGUGGACCUCGAGGAGCUAAGUGGUGUGGAAGAUCCAAGCCCUGCAAAGACUGUAGUGCCCAUUGAAGAAGAAGAAAGUUUCAAAAUGCGUAACCAUUUAAUUAUUAUAAUGGCACAACAGUUCUGUAAGAAGCCUCCGAAGAAGAAGCCGAGCCUCCUCCACUAUAUAAAACCAGCCUGCAAGAUCCUGUACCUCCUCCCAUCUUCUAACACCCAGUCUCUUUAG